AUGAAUAUCGGCGACGUUGUCAAGAUUGGUAAUGUUGCAACUCCGAUUGAGAGUGAACCAACCGCAGAUGUCAAGGACAUCGUGGGGGAUUUCAUCUCUGUCAAGCCAGAUCUUAUCAAGAUCUUCUUCUCCACCUUUGACAAGGACAACAAGCGUCAAGUCCCAGAUGAGCCCGACAUCAAGCUACUCCCUCGUCAAAUACUGCGUCCAGGAGUCACAGAGAACGAUCAAUUCGAUCAAUGCUCCAACUCAGGUCAAGACUUUCAGAUUCUGGACAAGCAAGUAGGUAUGAUGGAUAUCAGCUACUCGGUCGCUUGGCAGAUUGGUCGCACGUUGGCUCUUGGUGACCAAGCCUUUGUCUCCUCUCUUGCCCGUCUACGAUCUAUCAUUCGCCAAAGGGCGAUGAAAGACUCCAAGAUUAAAGUCGUCACAAAGACAGGACCAUCUGACAAUAGUUAUCGCAGCAAGAAGAAUGUUCUGAAAAGCUUACAAGAUACUAUUGAAAGACUUCAGCAGAUUCAGAAUCCCACCCCACCUGACUCAGAUGGCGAUGGCGAUGUCGGCAAUGAGUUUAGACCUGGUGGAGCUAUAAAGCAGGCAUUCAAUGUGUUUUACAUGGGCAAGGAUAAAAAUAUGUAUAAUGAGACCAAUGACCCCGUCUCCACCGACUGGAUCGUCGAUUGCAUGUUCCUUGAUAGAGUCCCCGCGCACUACCUCAUCUCUGAUCCUAGUCAUAUUCCCCUAGAAGCCUUGCGAUACUUCUACAUUGAUCGAAAUUGGCUUGAUGCCAUGGUCGAUGGCGCCUUGAGUUUGGCAAACCACAUGGGUCAGGACAUGGACCGAGCUGCUAUCAAAUGGGGUAUCAAUCAAUUCUUGAAGCAUACCCCGGAACAACAAACUCAUCGUCCUCAAGUUCCUACCUAUGGUUUCUAUCUACGGUCUGAUCUUGUCACCAUGUAUCCAGAUCUCAGAGUGACAACCAAGGGAGACGAUACUUGUCACGCACCCCUUCUCCGUCAUGAAAUUCUGACAGAUGGUGUCAUGCUUGGACUUCUUGAUUGA